CAGGCAAGCUUUGGUUUGCACCAACAAAUGAAAAUCGACAGAACGGAUCGAACAAGUAAAUUUAUCGAAUCAAGAAAACAUUAGUUAGUUCCUUAAAAUAUCUAUUUGUAAUUGCAAAUAAAAUAGCAGUAAUAUGCGUGAAUGCAUCUCAGUACAUGUCGGGCAAGCCGGAGUGCAGAUUGGCAAUGCAUGUUGGGAGCUUUAUUGUUUGGAGCAUGGCAUUCAGCCUGAUGGCCAAAUGCCAUCUGAUAAGCAAAUUGGCGGCGGCGAUGAUUCGUACAAUACUUUCUUUAGUGAAACUGGCGCCGGAAAACAUGUUCCUAGGGCGGUUAUGGUCGAUUUGGAGCCUACGGUAGUCGAUGAAAUUCGUACCGGAACAUAUCGUCAAUUGUAUCACCCCGAACAACUGAUUACUGGCAAAGAAGAUGCUGCUAACAACUAUGCUAGGGGACAUUAUACUAUUGGCAAAGAACUCGUCGAUAUAGUUUUGGAUCGGAUGAGAAAACUGCGUGAAUGCAUCUCAGUACAUGUCGGGCAAGCCGGAGUGCAGAUUGGCAAUGCAUGUUGGGAGCUUUAUUGUUUGGAGCAUGGCAUUCAGCCUGAUGGCCAAAUGCCAUCUGAUAAGCAAAUUGGCGGCGGCGAUGAUUCGUACAAUACUUUCUUUAGUGAAACUGGCGCCGGAAAACAUGUUCCUAGGGCGGUUAUGGUCGAUUUGGAGCCUACGGUAGUCGAUGAAAUUCGUACCGGAACAUAUCGUCAAUUGUAUCACCCCGAACAACUGAUUACUGGCAAAGAAGAUGCUGCUAACAACUAUGCUAGGGGACAUUAUACUAUUGGCAAAGAACUCGUCGAUAUAGUUUUGGAUCGGAUGAGAAAACUGGCGGAUCAAUGCACAGGUCUUCAGGGGUUUCUAAUUUUUCACUCUUUCGGCGGUGGAACUGGUUCUGGUUUUGCUUCUUUGCUUAUGGAACGUUUGUCAGUCGACUAUGGAAAGAAGAGCAAAUUGGAGUUUGCAAUUUACCCAGCUCCUCAAGUUUCUACGGCUGUGGUUGAACCAUACAAUUCCAUAUUAACGACCCAUACGACUCUUGAGCAUUCUGAUGCUGCUUUCAUGUGUGACAACGAGGCGAUAUACGAUAUUUGCCGUCGAAAUUUGGAUAUAGAACGACCGACGUAUACUAAUUUGAAUCGAAUUGUCGGCCAGAUUGUGUCGUCCAUAACAGCAUCCCUUAGAUUUGAUGGGGCCUUGAAUGUUGAUUUGACUGAGUUUCAAACAAAUUUGGUGCCGUAUCCGCGUAUUCAUUUUCCGCUGGUGACUUAUGCUCCGGUUAUUUCCGCGGAAAAGGCGUAUCAUGAGCAGCUUUGCGUAGCCGAAAUAACGAACGCAUGUUUCGAACCAGCUAAUCAACUAGUGAAGUGCGAUCCCCGUCAUGGAAAAUAUAUGGCGUGCUGUCUUCUUUACCGCGGCGAUGUGGUUCCGAAAGACGUUAAUUCGGCGAUUGCCACCAUCAAAACCAAGAGAAGUAUACAAUUUGUGGAUUGGUGUCCCACUGGAUUUAAGGUUGGAAUAAAUUACCAGCCACCGACCGUAGUGCCAGGCGGCGAUUUAGCCAAAGUUCAAAGAGCCGUUUGCAUGUUGUCCAACACGACUGCAAUUGCCGAGGCGUGGGCCAGGCUUAAUCAUAAGUUCGAUUUAAUGUAUGCAAAGCGCGCUUUCGUACACUGGUAUGUUGGUGAAGGAAUGGAAGAAGGAGAGUUUGCUGAAGCUCGUGAGGAUUUAGCCGCCUUAGAGAAAGAUUAUGAGGAAGUAGGCUUGGAAUCUGUUGAAGAUGAUGGAGAAGAAGAGUAUUGA